AUGUACGGAGGACAAAAUGGUACGAGCGAAUCAUGGAGUUUGCAGUUCCCCGCAAUGGAGCCUCCAGUUGCCAAUUCGCCUAAAGUUAGGACACCGGUAAGCUUUGGUGGACCGCUUACCCUGAUCGUUUUUGGAGGCGAAGCAGUGGAAGCAACCGCUUACUUUCUAAAAGAAAAUGAGCAAAUCGAGUCGAAUCCUCGUUUAGCGCACUGGAAGGUAUGCUUUGUUAUGAGUUGCUUAAAAGCAGUUUUACGAACUGGUCAUGUCCGCUUCUCCCUGUCCGUUCAGUCAUCCCUUGGCCACGUUCAUCUAUCAGACGUGAUGAUUUUGAACAAAUCAAGUUAA